UGCGUAUCACGGGUAGAUCGAACUGUACGGUCGUUGUUGGUGGCUGCGAGGUGACGUUUCCUUUCAUUGUUGUACCCGAACUACAGCGAACGAUAUUAGGAGCGGAUUUUCUGCGUGAGAUUGGUGCAAUAAUCGACACGCAAGCGAACGUGGUGAUCACGAAAUACGGGCAUAUCAACAUGUAUGAGACCAGCGAGAUAGCAGCGAUUAAGCUGUCGACGGUACACAAUGUGACAGAGUUAAUUAAUAAAUACGAUCAUCUGUUCACUGGAGAUGGCGACCCAUACGGUUAUUGCGAUAAGGUGAAUCAUGAAAUUCCGUUAAGUGAUCCAAAAGUAAGGUCAUUUUUAACGCGAAGAGUUCCAUGUCAUCUGGAAGGCGAAGUGGAGCGACAAGUGCAAGAGAUGUUAAAAGAUGAUAUUAUUGAGGAAGCUGAUAGCCCGUACAACUCUCCAGUGCUGUUAGUAAAAAAAGCGAAUGGGAAGUAUAGAUUCUGUGUUGAUUUUCGACAGUUAAACAGUAUGACAGAGUUAAGACCGUGUGCCAUGCCAACAGUGGUAGAAACUUUAGAUCGCCUACAAGGUGCGAAUGUGUUUUCGGUUCUCGAUCUUCGCUCAGGAUACUGGCAGAUACCGAUAAAACAAGGUGAUAGAGAUAAGACGGCUUUCAUCGUGGGUCAGACACAAUAUCGAUUUAAACGCAUGCCGUUUGGACUAGCAGGUGCACCGUUUACGUUCAGACGACUGAUGAAGCUAUUACUUAAGAACUUGAAAAACGUGGAGGUUUAUGGUGAUGAUCUCGUCAUAUACAGUCAAAACGAAAACGAUCACGUCAACCAUGUAGAAGCCGUGCUGCGACGCAUCGAAGAGUUUGGACUACGCGUCAACAAAACCAAGUCCCAGAUAGCCAAAAAGAAUGUUACUCUGUUGGGACAUAAAGUGGGAAAUGGUGAGAUUAAACCACUGCCGGAGAAAAUUUUGACGAUUAAAACGAUUCCAGCCCCGAAUUCAAAGAGAAAACUGAGACAAUUCUUGGGUAGAGCAGCGUUUUAUAGUCGCUUCGUGAAGAACUUCAAUGAGAUAGCAGCCCCUCUAUACAGGCUACUAGGUGAGCCAAAGUUUGUUUGGUCGGAAGAAUCGCAGAGGACAUUCGACAGAAUUAAACAGCUGCUCGACCACCAACAAAUGACGCUAAAACUACCUGUACCAGGAAGACAGUUCACAGUGUGCACAGAUGCCAGUGACUACGCUAUAGGUGCGGUCCUAAGACAGGACGAGGGAAUCGUUGAGUAUGCCAGUAGGGUUUUGACACUCACAGAGAGAAAGUAUUCAACGAUAGAGAAAGAAUGUUUAGCAAUGGUAUGGGCAGUCGACAAAUGGAGACCUUAUUUACUCGGCCGGCGGUUCCACAUCGAAACUGAUCAUAAGCCGCUACAAUUUUUGAAGACAGCGAGAGACCCACGGGGGAAGUUGUCACGGUGGAUGUUGCGUCUUCAGGAGUACGAUUUUACGAUCUCACACGUUCCUGGAAGUGAAAAUGUCUUGGCAGAUUUGUUAUCGAGACCAGAAGAUGAGUCUGAGUUGCCCGAGGUCGCUUACGGAGUGCAUGCAGUAGAACAAGACCCACUAAGACUUGCACGUAGGCAGAGGUUGGACGAUACGCUGAAUACAGUAAUACAGGUGAUCACCAACGGAAUAGAAGUGGAUCAAACUACGGCGAGUAAGGAGCUAACCACACUACUCAGACAGAGGGAUCGACUCAGAGUGAAUGCCUACGGGACUCUGACCUGGCGAGAGAACGACGGAAGCUGGCUGGCUGUCAUACCUCAAUCGUCGCGCCACGACAUGAUAGAAGAAUGUCACCAGCUAGCGCAUACAGGCGUGGCCAGAACGACCGACCUCCUAAGACAAAGUAUGUACUGGCCAGGUAUGAGAGAAGACGUAGCAAGAUACGUACUUGGAUGUCCACGGUGCCAGCUGAUGAAAGGUGACCGGUGUAUACGACCACCACUUCAGUCGAUUCCAGUUACCGCGAUAGGUGACUUGUGGUCCGUAGAUGUCAUGGGUCCAUUUCCUCAGACAUCCAAUGGUAAUCAGUACCUCUUGGUGAUGACGGAACACGCGACACGAUGGGUAGACGCCGUAGCAAUCCCAGACCAACGUGCAAGAACCGUGACAGAUGCAGUAGUUAGACACAUUGUUGCAGACCACGGCGUACCGAAGACAAUACUGACAGACCAAGGUCCCUGUUUCGAGAGUGAAGAGUUUACUUCCCGUUUGCAACAGCUGGGCAUCAAGAGGAUCAGAACGACCCCAUACCAUCCACAAACGAAUGGCCUAACGGAGAGAAACAACCGUACACUGAAGGAGUGGCUGGCCUCGAAGGGCGGGAACUGGGAAACGGAGCUUCCACUGAUUUUACUAACACAUCGGGCUACCACUCAGGAAACAACGAAGAAGUCACCCUUCCAACUGAUGUAUGGUAGAAAACCACGAUUACCGGUACACAAUGAGACCUGGCCCAUGCACCAAAAGUGGAGUACGACGAAAUUAAAAGCAGAGAGGAAAGAGGCAGUCAAGAAUGUAAUACGGAAGCAGCGCAGUGAUGUCGCGAAGUCUCAGAUGAAAGAAAGGACGCAGUGCAUUACCUUUGCAGUCGGGGACCAAGUGAAGUGUAGAGACAGGAGAUAUACAGUUGGAGGCGGGCUAGGUUCACGGAAACUCCUUCCAAAGUGGGAAGGACCAUACACAAUCACAAAAAGACGGGGUCAAGUAUAUACCAUCCGAAGAGGUGAUAAACAGAAACGAGUUAACGCCAGUCAGCUCCAAAGAUGGGUACAGUGGGACAAGCCGGUCAGUAACAAUCCUCAACUAGAGGAUGUAGCACCCAGAAGGUCGGAACGUCUGCGCACGAAGCUAUUUGACGGGGGGACGAGUGUGGUGAGAGCAGGCUGCUAGCCAAUUGGUAGACAUUAAUCGACGCUGAUUGGUAGAUAUUAAUCUAGGCUGAUUCAACAACCAAUCACAGCAGACUUAAACGUGGGCAAAUAUGAUUCGCAGAUAAAUGGCUCUACUUUCCGAGAAAUAUCGAAAACAACCAAUCAGGAGACUGUGUUUGUCUUCCGAGAAACAACCAAUUAGAAGACUGCCUUUUUCUGCUUGCAUAAGCCUUAUUAAUGUACAUAAAAUAUAUAUAAAUACGCGUUGAUUUUCGUAAUAAAAAGAUCUGUUGCCUGGCCCUUGUCUUCUGAUGGUACACUGUGACGGGUGUGCUGAUGAGGUGUUCAUUUAUGGAGCUUCUCAUUGAACUAGUGCGUCAUCUUUGCAGCCAUCCUGGGCGAUGUUCUCUAACAAAUUUUGGAAGGGCAUGCAUUGAACGACCUAGCUCCUCACGAUUAAGUGCGCCGGUGGCACAGUGGUUAGGACUCUCGCCAACCAUGUACAUGGUCCCUGCCGAGGCACACCUGAUAUCUAUUGUCGGUUAGCAAAAUUUGGGCUACCGAUAUCACACGCUGAAAAUUCCACACCUGUACCAAAAAAUAAAUAUUUAUAUUUACGUAAAUGUGUUGUUAUUAUUAGCUGGGACGAUUCCAAUCUUCUUUAAGGCGUCUAUUUAACAUGAAUCGUUUCAAAUAAUUUUUUCUAAAUAGC